AUAACUUCACAAAUUAAAAAAGUAUUAGGAAAAUAAUUCUAUGUAAAAUGAACUGUUUCAAUAGUUUAUUAUUAUAGAGGAAAACGUUAAGCUAGACAUUUUAAACGCCGACCUUAUAAAAACUUUAAUACAAUAACAAACAGGUGGUUAUAAAACAACGAGCAUUUCAUUAUUACAUUCUCCGACAAAGUUGAUUAGUUUAGAAACUACUGAACAGUUUAGUUUCUAGUUUAUUUCAGAGAAAAUAAACGAAAAUUUGAUUGUAUAAAUGUGUUAGAAUUUUGACUAUCAAUGAUUGUGCCAAUUUUUUUAAUCGUUCAAUCACUGGUCAGACAAACCGAAGGUAUUUUGCCUCCAUGUGAAUUUUUGUUAACAGAUCCUAAAGGAUCGUUUUCUAGCCCAAAUUAUCCUGAGAAAUAUCCUCCACAAUUGUCUUGUGUAUGGGUAAUUUCAGCUCCAGAAAAUUAUUACAUUGAAGUUAUCUUUGAAGACUUUGAUAUCGAACCUUUCGAUGAUUGCAAAACUGAUGUUUUGGAAAUAAAAGAUGGUGGAAAUAAAAAUUCUCCAUUGAUAGGGAUUCUUUCAAAAAGUAUUCGAAAUAAUGGUGGUCAAUAUUGCAAUACGUUUAAACCACCUCGUGUAGUGACGUCAACAAGCAAUCAGCUGAGACUCUGGUUUUCAACCGAUAGUACGAUUCAUCAUCGUGGAUUUACGCUUAAAUACAUAUUUCUACCAGAACAAGAUUGCGGGGGUGUAAUUGAAUCUACGCAUGGAGAAAUUACAAGUCCUCGGUUUCCGUUACACUAUCCGAAUAAAAAGUCAUGUGAAUGGAAAAUACGUGUUCCCGAAGGAAAAUAUUUAUAUUUGAAAUUUAUCAGUUUUGAAAUUGAAACAACAUGCCCAAUAGGUUUACCAUGUAAAUGUUUGGAUUCAGUUUACAUAAAAGAUGAAAAAAACAAAAAUACGGAAGUAUACUGUUUCAGUCAUCCAAUGCCUUUAGUUGCCUCCAGUAACGAAAUAUCUGUUGGUUUUAAUUCUGAUUUGUAUGGACGUCUUCAAGGUUUUAAAGCUAUUUUUACACAAUCAUCGACUCCAAAGUGUGGCGGAGACUUAUUUAAUAACAACGGAACAAUCGAAUCUCCAUUAUAUAAUCCCGAAGCUCAAACGACGUAUCCUUCAAAACUUAGUUGCAUAUGGACAAUAAAAGCUUCACCACAAGAAUACGUUGUACUGCAUUUUUUGUAUUUUGAUGUGGCCGAAUCAUUUUGGUGUUUAAAAGAUAAUGUGGAAAUCAGGGAGGGUGAAAACGAAAAUGCACCAUUAGUAGGUUAUUACUGCAACUCAAAUAAACCAAAUAAAGUAAUUUCAUCGAAUAAUGGAUCAACCUUUAUACGUUUUAAAAGCGAUAAAAACGAUAAUGUUCUUUAUAAAGGCUUUCAAAUCCAUUAUCAAGUUGUUAAACAAGGUUGCGGCAAUCCGUUACUUAAAGACGAGAAGACAUCAAACACAGUUACUGCUUCCUCUUUAUUUAAAAUAGCACACGAACCACAUUUUUUGGAAGCAAAAUACGCUAUAGUUGGAAAACCAUAUGCUUGGUGCACUAAAGAAAUCUUUAGCAAAGACAAUGAAGAAUACAUUCAGAUAGAUUUUAAAGAACUCACAGAAAUUAACAAAAUUAUAACCGAGGGUUACACAAUGGUCGGUAAUUAUUAUUUUGUAACGAAAUAUAAAAUGGCAUAUUCUAUGGAAAGAAAUAAUUUUGUGCACUAUGUUAUUAAUGAAGAUGAAAAUCCGGGAAGUUCAUUUACGGUUUUUGAAGGCAACAAAUAUUUUAAUGUCUCAAAGGAAAAUACGUUGUCACCAUCUAUUGUUUUAAAGAGCCUCAGAAUUAUUCCUACAGAAUACGUAUCUGGUCGGCGUUUGCAUAUUUGCAUGAAAGUACAAGUUUAUGGUUGCGAUGCAAUUCAUCUAGAAGACGUGCUGAUGAAAAACGAUGGUCGUGUUAAAUUUAAUACGUCUGCAUUAAAGCGAACAACAUGGCUCAUUGCACCGCCUGUUGAAAGCUUAAAUUCAGUUUAUUUAUUUGAAGCUUUAUUAAAUGCAGAGUGUAAAUCGACUAACUUUUUUAUUUCUACAAAAAGCGAAAACUCUAAACUGGCUUAUUGUGACAAAAAAAAAAUUGAAUAUCUUUUACCUGGAAUAAGACAACUUUGGGUUACGUUAGACGUUAAAGUAAAACCUGACAGUCUACAAUCCAUAUCAUUCUCAUAUCAAAUUGAAAAAUUAGGAUCCGGUGGUAUAAUUGCAUCUUCUCAUGGUAUAAUCAACGGCAAUCAUCAAAUUUUAAAUAAUUUUAAUGCAACAUCAAUAUGGCUGUUUAAGUUUGAAGAAGGAAAAAGAAUUGUGCUUGAUUUUUCCAAUAUAAGACUACCCCAAGAUGGUACUAAAAUUGUUAUGAAAGGGGGUCUGAAAGCAAGUUCACAUGUAUUCCGUGAAAUAUUUGGAUCCGAAAAUCGUAUUGCUUUUGUAUAUACUAGUCAUUUAAUGAGAAUGGAAUAUCAUUUGGGAAGAACAAAUGGAACUUCGACACAACAUUUAGGAGGGACAUUAACCGAAGGAUUCACAUUGAAAUAUACUAUAACAAAUGACAAAUCAGCAAAGCUAUAAAUAUAAAGAUUUUUAGACUCCUGUUGCUCAUUUCUUUACAGUGGAUGCAUAUUCUCGAUGCAAAUUCAUUCUUUCAAACUAUUGCAAUAAAGAAAAAAGACGACGGAACAAAAGAUUAAACAUUUCAAAACAAUCAGAACAUAUAAAUAAUCUUUUUAUAUUUCCAAAAAAUGAAAAAUUACAUCUCUUGAGGAGGAUUAACAUCGAGUAGCCGAAAACUAUGUUCCAUUAUCUAAAGAAAAUAAAAACAAUAAAAUACAUUUUUAAAAAAGAAUGUUUUAAAUUAAAUUUAAUUAUCAUCA